GAAGUGAAAACUCUGUUUCAGUAUGGCGGCGUGUAAGCGCAAGGAAGGAUCGUAUUUUGUUACGUAAGGCAUAUACCUCGUGAUAUAUUAGUUUCUCGAUUAUUUCGAGAAUAACAGUGACUACGACGAGUCAAAAUCAAUAUUCCGAGGUGGACGGUGGUGUUGUCAUUACUGGAAACAAUGAUUGCGAUACGACUGUUGGAAAUCUGCGAUCCGCACACGACGAAAUCGCAAAUUCAGUAACGCACGGAGACUCGACACGCAACAUGUCUACGAUAAAAACCACAGGGACGGGAACCACACGAGUUCUCCCGGUAUUCAGUCACGUUAAAUAUGAACACUUGAUCGCUGGUCUAUCCGGAGGGGUUUUGUCAACCUUGAUGCUGCAUCCCUUGGAUCUAAUAAAAAUCAGAUUUGCCGUUAAUGAUGGCGUCACACAUUCUGCUCCACAGUACAGUGGUCUUCGGGGUGCCUUUGUAGAAAUCCAUAGGACAGAGGGACUCAGAGGCCUCUAUAGAGGGGUAGUACCGAACAUUCUUGGCUCGGGCAGCUCUUGGGGAUUCUAUUUUUUCUUCUACAACACAAUAAAAACAUGGAUUCAAGGUGGAAAUGCAAAGAAGCCUGUUGGUCCAGUAAUGCAUAUGUUAGCUGCAGCUGAUGCUGGGAUUAUGACACUGUUAAUAACAAAUCCAAUCUGGGUAGUUAAGACGCGACUUUGCCUCCAAUAUUCAAGUGACGUAAAUCUUGCAGAAAGCAAAAGAUACUCCGGCUUGGUAGAUGCUCUCACCAAGAUAUAUAGAACAGAGGGUAUUCGGGGACUCUACAAGGGUCUUGUUCCUGGAAUGUUCGGUGUCACACAUGGUGCGCUGCAAUUUAUGACAUAUGAGGAAAUGAAGAAUAGCUAUAAUGACUACCGAGGAUUACCCAUCGAUACAAAGCUGAAUACAACGGAUUAUAUUUGUUUUGCCGCCUUAUCAAAAUUGUUUGCUGCAAUGGCGACGUAUCCUUAUCAAGUAGUGAGAGCUCGACUUCAGGAUCAUCAUCACGAUUACAGAGGAACUUGGCAUUGUAUUCAACUAACAUGGAGGGGUGAAGGUUGGCGUGGCUUUUACAAGGGGUUAGGCCCUAAUCUUGUCAGAGUGACGCCCGCAACUAUCAUCACAUUCGUCACCUAUGAGAACAUUUCCCACAAACUACUACGCGCCAAGUCAUCCCGCAUGGAGGAUUUACCCGCAGCUUCCGCUGUCGCUAUAUUGAACACGUCAAAAACCGAGGUAACAGCGAAUUGAAUCCACCUCCUCGCAGGACCGAUCCAUUCAGAAGUUAUUUAUAGAGUUUGAAGACUGUUCAAGAUGUUCAUAUGGUAAAGAAAAAUGACUACAAGAAUCACCGUUGCAUGCUUUUAUGUUGCAAACAAACUAUGUACUGAAUUUCAUUGCUUGUAUGUGUAACUACAAGUUUUUAUUGUUAAAUUUGAAUUUUGUAAAGAUGUAAGUAGUUGAAUGUUCCUUUCGUCAGACUCUGCAUUUUACUGUAACCAGUUCAUUUAAUUGAAGAAAAAAAAACUAGUACAUUAAUGGAAAUACAAUAUUUUACAAUAUUUUCUUUCCAAAAUACGACAAUCAAUUGCAUUGUAAAUCCUUUAACAGGCCUGAUACACAUUUUAGUUGAUAGAAUUUAAAUCCAUGCUUGAGGUCGCGAGUAGCCGCAGGUACUCAUGUACUGAUGAAUUAUCAUUCAACUACACCAAAGUACCCGAUGCUUAAAACGAACGGAAAUCACUGAUCAGACAGGAUGAAUUUUUACGAGGACAAGAUACUACAUAAACAACAAUUUUUCAUUAUCAUAUGCUUGCUUAAGUCAGCGUACGCUGUUUCAUUUGGCGUUUAUUUUCCUAUGCAUUUCCUUUCUCUUACUGUUUGGUUAAAAAAAAAAAAAAAUUGGCACACGAAUAUUUCCAAACAUCUUCUAUUUACUUUUUUAAGCUAUCGAUGCGCGGGCGUAUCAUUCUAAUCAUUUGUUCAGUGCACAAGUUGUAUAUUUCGUUCAAUAGACGUGCAUAUUUCGUGUAAAUGCACUCUUUAAGUAUUGAACACUAAUUAUUGUUACAGCAUCCAGUAAAUUACUGUAUUUAUUGUAUACCUACGUAUUAUACUUAAAUAUUGUUCCGAAUAUAAUGUGACCCCCCAUGUAAGUCGAGUUCGCAUUCACAGACUAUUUCAGUGACGAUUAUUUAAAUAUAUCUAUAAUGAAACCAUUUCUGCAAAUAAUUCGGUACAUAUUUCCUAAGUCACGUACAGUGUACAAUCGGCGUAUAAAAAUCCUCCACUUAUGUUCGGAACAAUAUGGCAAUAAUGUUGAAAACUUAAUUCUGCGAAUAUGCUAGGUAGUAAUAUAAGAAAUAAAAAGCUGUAACAAUCGAAAAAAACCUUGGUCAAUGUGUAGCAAGGCAAUGUAGUCAAAAAUAAACUGUGGGGAAA